AUGAAGAUUGCUGCUUGGAAUACCAAGGGUCUGAAUGAUCCAGGUAAGCGGAGGGCAGUGUUAGAGUGGGCAGUAAAGAAUCAUCUUCUUGUUUUUGGUUUAUUGGAGACUUGGGAUGAUGUACUCCAUAUGGAGCUUUAUGCUGUUCGGAUGGGAUUUUUGAAAGCAAGAGCAAUGCAAGUGCAGCAAGUGCAGGUGCGUUCGGAUUCAAGGGUGGCGGUGCAAAUGAUUGUGGGGGCCUUUCAACCCCGUUGGGAGGUGCUUUGGUUGGUUGAAGAGAUACAUGGAUUGCAUGAUGGUUUUUGCAGCAAUAGCUUUAUUCACAAUGUUAGGGAGAUCAAUAGUUGUGUUGACUAUUUAGCAGGGUUUGUUCGAGGUGUUCAUGAUCUUGAUUUUAAUACUUCAUGCCUGCCUGAGGCUCUUUCCAUCUUAGUAAGGAAUGAUGCCUCUGGUAUGGCUUAUUACAGAAUGUAA